UUCCGGACGGACUCGCCGCACGCUCCUCCACUCCCUCCGCGUGCUGUCCUCGCCGUGCACGCGCGUGGUACCCACGGUCGUGAGGAGGAGGAGGAUGUUGCGCGUGAAGGGGAAAUGGCUGCCGAAAACAAGCCGGAAGGACUGAAGAAAGUUCGUAAUCCGGAUCGAAUGUACAGAUCAACCGUGUGUUAUGCUGGCCACGGUCCACCUAAGAGUAUCAGUGAUGACGCAGAGACCAACAGUAAGAAUGAACAUGGACAUUUGAAAAUAUACCUGCCCAAGAAGCUGCUUGAAUGUCUACCAAAAUGUACCUCGCUGCCAAAAGAGAGACACCGGUGGAACACCAAUGAGGAGAUUGCAGCUUAUUUGAUAACGUUUGAAAAGCAUGAAGAAUGGCUAACAACAUCCCCUAAAACAAGGCCACAGAAUGGGUCGAUGAUAUUGUACAAUCGCAAGAAAGUGAAGUACAGAAAGGAUGGCUACUGUUGGAAGAAGAGGAAAGAUGGGAAGACUACACGGGAGGAUCACAUGAAGCUGAAAGUGCAAGGAGUUGAGUGUCUGUACGGCUGCUACGUUCACUCGUCCAUCAUCCCCACCUUCCACCGUAGGUGCUACUGGCUGCUCCAGAACCCUGACAUUGUGCUGGUCCAUUAUUUGAAUGUGCCAGCCAUUGAGGAUUGUGGGAAACCAUGCGGUCCAAUCCUGUGUUCCAUCAAUACAGACAAGAAGGAGUGGGCCAAGUGGACCAAGGAGGAGCUGAUCGGCCAGCUCAAACCCAUGUUUCAUGGCAUCAAGUGGACUUGCAGCAAUGGGAACAGCAGCUCUGGCUUCUCAGUGGAGCAGCUAGUGCAACAAAUACUGGACAGCCACCAAACUAAGCCACCUCCCCGGACUCACAACUGCCUCUGCACGGGCACUCUGGGUGCAGGUAGCAGUGUGCACCACAAAUGCAACAGUGCCAAACACCGCAUCAUCUCCCCCAAAGUGGACCCCCGCACAGGAGCCUACAGCAACGCUCACUCUGAAGUACAAAACAAUGACGUGUCAGAGGGGAAGACUGAGCACUGUGGCCAUGGUGGAAGCAAAAGCUCGGGCGGAGGAGGCGGAGGAGGAAGCACCAGGGAGAAACGUAACGGGAAAGUCCACAAGCCCAUCUUGUUGCAUCAGAACAGCACUGAGGUAUCGUCCACCAACCAGGUUGAGGUGCCUGACACCACACAGAACUCCCCUGUGUCUAUCAGCAGUGGUCUCAACAGCGACCCAGACAUAGCUGACAGCCCUGUGGUGACAGGAAUAAGUCAUGUGGCUUCUGUCAUGUCGGGCCUCUCCCAGGGGGUCUUUAUUUCAGAUGUUUCUGGAGACCCCGUCUAUAGCAUGUCUCCAACUGGUGGCCCCAACACUCACCUCAUGGGUGCAGAUGCCACCUCCCAGGGCUUGGUGCUCUCUGAUCGGCACAAAUUUGCUUUCCCAAGUGGAGGAGUAGGCGAACCGGGGAAUACAGGAGACAGUCUUUCCAUGUUGUCUACCGCCGGAGUGUCUGAAGAACUGGUGCUCUCAAGCAGUCUGGACGCUGGAACUAUCAAGAUCCCAGAAACCAAUAUGAACUUUGACCCCGACUGCUUCCUGAAUAACCCCAAACAAGGCCAGACCUAUGGAGGCAGUGCAAUGAAGACAGAGACAAACUGUGCCACAUCCUCCUGCGGGGUCAGUGGUACUGCCAACGACACACUGCAGACCUCCCCUUCAAUGUCAGACAAUGGCUACAGCUUCAGCUCAGCUUUAGUGAAGAACAUCAAGACAGAGGACACAUCGUUUGAGCAGCAGCUGGCCAAGGAAAGUGGCUACCAGGUGGGGGCAGUAGUGAACUGUGCUAGUGGGGUGUCUGUGCCACAAGGUGCUGGCUCAGGCCAGGGUGGCCUCUCGUUGACCACAGCAGGAUCCUUGCUUCCUUCUGGUGGGGGUUUAAGUCCGAGCACCACUCUGGAGCAGAUGGAUUUCAGUGCAAUUGAUGCCAAGCAGGACUAUGCGUCCAGCACUUCUACAGUGAGCUAUGGUCAGGCCUUGUCUAGUCCUCACAUGCCACACCAGAACCGUUCUCCCAGUUUCUUUCUUCAGGAUGCUUCUCAAUCCAGCCAGGUUCAGCAGGGAAGAGCCAGCAUGGGCCAGAAAACACACAUCAUGGAGCACAACUCCCAUGACUAUAUGGGGCUGCAGGUGGUAAAGACUGAAUCUCCUGGCAGCAAUGGUCACCUUCACCACCACCAGCAGACCCAACAUAGGGCCAACUGUAAUGGAGGCUCACCAACAGAUGCCAUUGGCCAAGCUGGCUCCCUGCAGCUGCUACAGUACCAGGGGGCAUUCCCUGGUCUCAGCACUGAGCAUGAGGAGGUAGUGGGUAUGGAGCAGCCAGGGGGUGUUAGUUCAGGACAGGCUGGACCCACAGAGAAUGGUGCAGAGAAUGUACUUAAGCAAGGGGAUCAAAUGCAGACCUGUGUGUCACGAAAUGGAGAAGGAGGUGGUGCUGAGCACUAUAUGCAGCAGGCGUCUGAUGGAGGAGGAGGAGGAAAUGGUGGUCCAGGUGAAGGUGUCGCGAUUCACAAUGGAAACAGUGAUGGUAGCACACACACUCCUCAGCAGCAGCAGCUGCAGCCACUCCUCCAAGGCGCUAGCAUGGUCCAGGGACUUUAUAACACUGUUGCAGCCCACCAAGGCCUGGGAGGAACAGCUAAUAAUGGAGGAGCAGGGGGGACAGGAAUGGAGAUCAGUCUGGAUCACUUUGACAUCUCUUUUGGAAACCAGUUCUCUGACCUCAUUAAUGACUUCAUUUCAGUCGAUGGCAGUGGAACAGCCAUGUCAACUGGAGGGAGCCUCUAUACUCACCAGCUCGUCGCAUCCCACAGCUCUGACGGUCAAAACACCGCUGGUGGGGCACCACCGCAGGGCCAGGAGGAUGCAGUGGCCAGGGGUUCUGGCUACAACACAUCAGAGCUCUGCCUUCAACCAUGCUGCAGCCCCCAGUCUCUCAGUGGAGGAGGAGGAGGAAACACGGGGGAAGCGGGUUCACUGUCGUACAUGAAUGUAGCGGAUGUGGUCUCUGCAGCUGUCGCCCACGGCACUCUGGGGAUGCUCCAGGCCACCGGGAGGCUCUUCAUCGUUACUGACUACUCUCCUGAGUGGUCCUAUCCUGAGGGCGGUGUUAAAGUGCUAAUCACCGGGCCCUGGCAAGAGGCAGGCUCAAACUACAGCUGUUUGUUCGACCAGAUUUCAGUUCCCGCCUCUCUCAUCCAACCAGGAGUUCUGCGUUGCUACUGCCCAGCUCAUGACACAGGUCUGGUGACACUACAAGUGGCUGUCAGUAACCAGAUCAUCUCCAACUCUGUGGUUUUUGAGUAUAAGGCUCGUGCUCUUCCCUCCCUGCCGUCUUCUCAGCAUGACUGGCUCUCACUGGAUGAUAACCAGUUCAGAAUGUCCAUCCUGGAGCGCUUGGAGCAGAUGGAGAGGAGGAUGGCAGAGAUGGCCAGCCACCAGCAACAGAUCACUGCAGGGAGUGGUGGAGCUGGAGGAGGAACAGGAGGAGCCGGCACAGGGGGAGGUGGUGGAGGGGGAGACAACAACAGCCAGACCCAAUGUGUAUCUGGCCAAACGCAGGCCAGCAGCUCCUUUGAGAGCCGUGUUGUGGUGGUUUGUGAGAAGAUGAUGAGCCGAGCUUGCUGGGCCAAGUCCAAACAUUUAAUCCACUCAAAGACUUUCCGAGGCAUGACGCUCCUUCACCUGGCUGCAGGCCAGGGUUACGCCACACUCAUCCAAACACUCAUCAAGUGGCGCACUAAGCAUGCUGAUAGUAUUGAUUUGGAGUUAGAAGUGGACCCUCUAAAUGUGGAUCAUUUCUCCUGCACGCCUCUGAUGUGGGCAUGUGCACUAGGUCACCUGGAGGCAGCCGUGGUCCUGUAUAAAUGGGAUAGACGGGCCCUGGCAAUUCCAGAUUCUCUGGGCCGCCUACCACUUUCGAUCGCCCGUUCUCGUGGCCAUACCAAACUCGCUGAAUGUCUGGAGCAGCUGCAGAGGGAGGAGCAGCAGCCACCAGCUCCUCUACCACCCACAACCCGCAUAUCUUUCUCCCCUGACACCCCCACAACAGACAGCUGGAUGCUCAGUUGGGCGAAUGAGAGUGUAGUUGCACCCGGUGGCAAGAGAGUAGGUCCUGCUACCACAACAACCACAUCCAGCAACACCAGCCUCAAUCCCGACUUGAGGAGGCCUAGGUCAGAGCCUUCCAGCUAUUACAGUAGCGAGGGCCAAAGAGAUCUCCCACUAGCUAAAAAGCAUAAACCCAACCCAGAACUGUUUCAGACACGGCCUGACAAGGCCAUGUCUGUUCCUCUUAGCCUAGAGCAGCAACAGCUCCACAAGCUGUCCUCUAGCCCCAAGGCCCAGUCUUUCGAGGGAUCAGAAAAUGGCCUGUCUAUUGGAGGUAGCACGGGGACAGCCAGAUGGAGCCCCAGAGAAAGUUUCUCCGGCAGCAGCAUGGGGAGGAAGGGGCUGGGGGUCAGCGGAAGCAGCACCUUGGGGAAGGAAAAGCUUGUUACCCGGUUACGCCAUCGGGAACAGCUUGGCAUGCUGGUGAUGGCAGAUAGAGACAUGGCUGAUGCAGAAAUGCUCGCUUAUCGGGAAGAUCUGGAGAAUCAGGACUGUCUUGCUCAGAUGGAUGACCUGCAGGCAAAUAUGAUGACUCUGGCAGAGCACAUCAUUGAGGCAACGCCGGAGAGAAUCAAGAGGGAGAACUUUACCGCUGCAGACUCUUUACCAGUAGACACAUCUGGGGUUAACAGCACUAUGAACUGGCUGGCCAACUACCUGGGCGAUGCAGAGCAGCUACCGAGCAUCUUACACUUACGUCUGAGUCCUGAGGGGUCCCCGCUGGGAGAGGGGCCGCUGGAGAGGUCCACACUUCCAUCGCCUGCAGACUGGAAUGAGUUCCUCAAUGCCUCCAACAGCAAAGUGGAGAGAGACCUGGCCCAGCUGACUCUGUCCGACCCAGAACAGAGAGAACUAUAUGAAGCUGCCCGCCUAGUUCAGACAGCCUUCCACAAGUACAAGGGGCGGUCACUCCGAGAACAACAGGAAGUAGCUGCUGCUGUUAUUCAGCGUUGUUACAAGAAAUACAAACAGCUUACAUGGAUAGCCUUGAAGUAUGCACUUUAUAAGAAGAUGACGCAGGCCGCCAUCCUUAUCCAGAGUAAAUUCCGCAGCUACCACGAGCAGAAGAAAUUCCAGCAGAGCAGGAGAGCUGCCGUGCUCAUUCAGCAAUACUACCGCAGCUACAGACUCAAGCCUCACCACCGUGGGGCGGCCGCUGCCCUGGUGCAGCACAAAUUGAGAGGUUGUCUGCUCACCAAGAGGCAGGAUCAAGCUGCCAGGAAGAUCAUGAGGUUCUUACGUCGGUGCCGCCACAGCCCCUUGAUGGACCAUAGACUGUUCAAGCGGGGUGAAAGAAUUGAAAAGGGCCAGGGAACAUGAGACCACUCAGAAGAGCCCCCUCGCAAUGUGACAUCACUCCUCCAACACCUCCUUUUUUUAUUUGUAUUUUAUUUUUUUGGAACCAAGACAUUAUACAAGAGAAAGGGAUGAAAAUAGUAUCAGUGCAGUGUCACUAUAACACACAUUUUUUUCCACAAAUAUAUAUAUUCUUUCCACUGGAUUUCAGUUGGAGAGUGGCAACUUCUACUAUGGAAUUAUAAACUUCAGCGGUGUGAGAGGGGUGCAGAACAUUUUGCUUCAUGGCAUUUUUUUGCACUUUUUUCUGGACACGAUUUCAGACUGUGAAGGAAGAGAAUGCUGGGCAAGCCACAGUAGGUCUGUCACUUGUGAAUAGACGUGAAUAAAGGCUGCUGCUGAAUAUCUCAGACCAUAGGGAGACCAUGCUGGAAGACUCUAAUUGUAUUUCACAAUUUUUUUAAGUGACCAAUUAAUUCAAAAGGGGAUGGAUUUGUUUUUGUCCAACCACAUCAGUCAAGCCACUCUGCCACAUCGAUGAUACAUACAUGCAUUUGUAAUCAGCUCAACAGCUCAUCGUCUCCCACUGUGCUCUGCCCCGUCUCUCGGCCCCCAAGGCUGGAGCUACAACUGAAUGUAGUCGGGGGUUAACUGUGCAGAAGCAAAUAAGGGAUUUAAUUUUUCUGUUUUUCUGUUGCCUGUUGUUGCUUUAUUACUUGAAUUUGUUUCAUACUCAUACUGUCCAAUGUGUUUGUCCCCUCAUGUCUAAUAAUGUAUUGGUGAUCUGUAUCUCCAGGUUCUAUGUUGUAGAAUCUUAUCCCAAAAAAAUGCAUGACUUCUGCGUAAGAAAAGUCUUUGCUCGUGUGUUUAUGGUCUUAGUCUUUCAGCCGAACCUCGGGUUCUCUCUGCACAUAUCCAUUUUUCCACGCAAGACUACCCCUUCAUUGUAUUUGUUUCUCACGUUUGCCUAUUUUGUGUGAUAAAAGUUCGGGUCAUGCAGGUUAUUACAGUUGUUUUUCAGUGAACUUCAGAGCCGGCAAGGGCUUUUGAGGGGAAGAUCACAUACAUUGCCUUGACGUCUUAGAGAUUCUUUGAGGGGUCCCUAAGCUUGUCCCAAAAUAGGGGUUUGACAAAUCCAUAUUUUUGACAAUUGAGCGAACGUUUCUGUAUAUAACGAAGGCUGAAAGUACGUAGGAAAAAAACACAUUUACCCGAUGGGGAUUGUAUUUUAGAAAUAUAUUAUUUUAUUCAUUUAAAAAAAAUGGGUCAAAAAGAGGUACAAGACAAACACAAAUAUUUGUAUAGUUUUCUUUGAAUGCCUAAGAAGUACAGUUGUAUUGUUUGUAAAUAGUGUAAAUAACUGGGAUAAAAAUGAGUUAUGUGCAUGAAAAGUAUGAAGAGUCAAAUGGGAAAAAACAACAAAGCAGUAGUGGCUAUGCUCUGUAAAAUGAAAACAAUUUCACUAUUUUAGAGUAUUUUAUUUUGAUUGUUCUUAAACAUUUUGCUGAAGCAUGAUGUUAUUGCCAUAUGAAAAGUUACAAAAUACUUUAUGUAGAGUUAGGCAAUGUCUGUAGAAUUUACCCUAAAGCACCUUGUUAUGGGUUUUUUUAAUACAUUUUUUAGCUACCCAUAAUCCUUUGCCAAUGGUGCCAAGGAAUGUGAAUGCUACAUCAUAGCUUGGGAAAACAUGUUUUGCAAAGCUGUUACUCAUACCGGCACUCUGAAGACCGUGACAGUUCAACUAACCAAGAACAAUAACAACAUUUUAAAAGGCAGUCAUAUUUAAGCAGAAGGCAUUUCAAAUCUCAUCUCUUUCUCCCGUGAAUUGAUAGCAGAGUUUUUAUUUUGGUUCUCUUUGCAAAAGGAAUGUGAUGAGUUAUCUUGUCUGAUCUGAAAGAUUGUAAAUGGCAGCCUUGAUCAGGGUCUUCAGUCUACAUCGACAAGACGUGAAUGACUUCACAUCUUUUAAAUGUGCCGUGUGAUGUAGUAUUAACUCACUAAGUCUCACAAUUUUACAAAUUCAGUAUUUCAUCCUUGAUCAAGGCUGCCGGGUCUAAGCCCACCUUAUGCUGUAAAUUCUGUGUAAAGUCAAUAUUUCAAGCUGACAAACGUGUAGCACUCUGUGCAUGGCUGGAUCUUUUUUUCAAGCAGCAACAUCCAAAGGUGCUAAAUUUAUUCUACCCAAAAUUCAACAUUAAAAAUGGUCACUAAUGUGUGCAAAACUGUAGUCAAUAAGUGUAUUUUUCAUAUUGAAAUUACACAGUCAUAUUUGUUCAACCAUAAUUUGGCUUAAUUGAAUGUUAAUUGUCAUUUUCAGGUCCGAUUCGUACACUUUAUUUGGACAGUGUUUAUGUAGAAAGUGCCUAUUUACCAAACCUAAAACACCCUCGUUUUCUCCAAACAAACAGAUCGACACUAUUACCUUCCAAUGGUCAUAGCUAUCAUAUAAUAUUCCCUUUUCUCACCACUGUCCAUGCCGCUCCAGCUUGCCAACAGCCCGUCUUUCUUUUUGUCUUCUUGUUUGUUCUCUGCUGGCACAGAAUGCUCAAAUCACACUUAAAAAUGCCACUACUGGGGUUUGUUGCAACACAUUCACCCCCUGUUCUGCGGGUCGAAUGCAUAGCCAAUGCAAAUUGCUAAAAGGAGGGAGAUUUAUUAUGCUUGCAUGGGUAAAAUAGUGAACUGGGUGAUAGAAGUGCACCUGAAGCAUGCUUACUUUCCUAGAAUCGGUAGUCGGAUUAACUUGUUAUAUGACAUACAGGUUCUGCAAUGCGAUGAGCUUUGGUUUGACGUGCCACCAAAAGAGAAGAGGGCACAGGCUCAAUAAAAGGUAGCUACUAAUGUUUUCAUGGCAACGCACAUAGACAGGAUUGUUUUUCAGCAAGCUUCAAAUAAGCAUUUUUUUGUCUUUUGGUUUACAUGUUACACUGAUUUAAAUUGAAUCUGUGUUCUCCCAAUUUAAACUAUAAACGACAAGCUUUUGAGAUCAUUGGGAAAGAAUGCAGAACAAAAAGAGGCAUAGCUAUGUCAAAGGUGGGCAUUGCUCUGCUUUAGCCUGCAGGGGCUGUUUCAUCUCCCCUUUUGUGUUUUACUCAGGGUGACAAAAUGGAGAGGAGUAAACAGAGCAAAGCGGAGGAGGCUGAAUUUGAAUGAACAAAAAUUGCAGGCACCAGCAGAUCAUUGGAUUUAUUGAAGAUGAUUUCACAUUUUGCAUUCGAUGUGCCCAAAAGAUGAACGUGAAAUUGAAUUGAUUUCGAUUUUCAUUCAAUGACUGUCAAUUCACCUAAGAAUCUGGCUUUCCCCCCACGUCUUGUUCCCGCCACCCCUACGAGAGAGAGCUCUAGACACAUCAGGACAACAGACACACAGUGUCGCUGCAUCUUUCACUCGUCAGUGCAGAGCAAUAGAGAUGUUUUGUGGAGACCUACAUUUGAAAUGGUCAGGCACAUCUAGUCGACUGACUCUUAUGCAAAUGCCAGUAUUGCAAGACAAGCAUUCAGUAGUUUACGGAGAGCACCCUAUACCGAACUGCACGUUUUCAUCGAUUCCAAACAUGAAGAAAAAAAAGGCCCAACUUUGAUAGAAAGCUAUGGGUCCUCGACACUUUGCAUGUGAACUAGUGUUAGAACUACUUUCCUCUCCUCUAUAGCGGUCUUUCUCUGUCUCCCCCUGUUAUGUGACUUUUCUCCGCUGCUCUCAAAAGUUCCAGCUCCCCUUGGUUUUCCCGAUGUGUUUUACUUUCUCUUUUUUCCCCUUCCCUUCUCUUGUUUGUAAGUCUUAUUUUUUGUAAUUGUGCAUGUACAAGCGUCACUGACUCGAUGGAUAUGUUUAAAAAAAAAAAAAAGAGUGAUUUCAGCUGCUGAAGCCAUGCAAAACAUUUUGAAUUGCCCUUAAAAUAUGGAAGAUGUUUUCUGAAUGCUUUAUAUUCUUUCUGCUGUAAAAUAAUAAUAAAAAAAUGAAAAAAUGUU